AUGUCUUUAUGGGUUGAUAAAUAUAGGCCCAGAUCUCUAGAUGCACUCACGUUUCAUGACAAUGUCACCAGCUCGCUUCGGGCCUUGGCAUCUACAGGUGAUUUCCCACAUUUGCUCGUGUAUGGACCAAACGGAGCCGGGAAGAAAACUCGUAUUUACAGCACAUUGAACGAAUUAUUUGGUGCUCAGGUAGAAAAAUUGAAGAUCGACGUCAAGACUUUCACCACCUCUUCGAAUAGAAAACUCGAAUUCAAUGUGCUCAGUUCACCGUACCACUUGGAAAUCACGCCCUCGGACAUGGGUAAUAAUGACCGCGUGGUAAUCCAAGAUUUGUUGAAGGACGUAGCGUCCACCGAGCAGGUUGAUUUCUCAAAUCAGGCAAAGUCUGCAUCCAAGCACAGAUUCAAAGUCGUGGUUAUCAACGAGGCUGAGUCUUUGAGUAGAGAUGCCCAGGCCGCUUUGAGAAGAACAAUGGAAAAGUACUCAUCAAACAUCCGUUUGAUAUUGGUCUGCAAUACCAUCUCAAACAUUAUAGCACCUAUAAAAUCGAGAACGUUGCUCGUUAGGAUUCCUGCGCCCACGCUGACAGAAAUUGCCGAUGUGUUGCGAAUCGUUGUGCUGAAAGAAUCCGUAAAGCUCUCUACAAGCCAUGAAGGAGCUCAAAACACAUUCUUUGAAACAAUUGCAGGAGCUGCAGAUCGUAACUUGAGAAGGGCUCUUUUGAGUUUUGAGACUAUUUGCAUGCAAUCAGAAACCGUGGACGUGCAAAAUGUUAACGCCGCUUUUAUUGUUUUAGACUGGGAGCAGAUCAUCAAAAACAUUGCCGUCUCCAUGCGGAGAGACAAGUCUGUGGCGAACUUAGCAAAACUCAGAGUCACAUUCUAUGAGCUUUUAUCCCAUUGUAUCCCUCCGAGACUCAUCUUGAAGACAUUAGCAUUGCACUUGGUGCAAAUGGAGCAGGCUCGGACACCUGAAAUCGUGGCAUGUGCUGCUGUAUUUGACGAAAGAUUGAGCUUGGGGCUGAAAGCGAUUUUUCACUUGGAGGGAUUUGCUGCGAAAGCAAUGGUUGCAAUGUCUUAG